GAGGCUCCGGUGUCACAACCGCACGCGGUUGGAAUAUUUUGAAGUAUAAGGCGGAUGUUGUCUUGCCUUUAGUGCUAAAUUGUCACCUCAAUCGACUCCUGUCUGUGUAUUUAAUUUUCCUACCAGUAGUAUAUAUAUAUAAUAUAUAUAUAUAUAUAUAAAUCCACACGAAUUUUAGCUUGACUGGCCGAAAUGGUGGCUGCACGUGCGCCUUCUUGUUAGGCGACUUUACAGGAUACAAGAUUUUUAUCGUCAACAUUUCCACAUUUUGGCUUUAUUUUCUGUGUUUUUUCCCCCCCCUGACACCAUUAUCAUCUGUUCAGAUGGAGAAGCAACUCGCUGAGGCAGAAGCCAACCAUCGAGAAAAUCACCAGAGCGCUUCUGAGCCUACAGCCCGAGCAGGUUGGAACAGUAAAAUCGAGUAUUUUUUGGCGCAGGUGGGAUUCAGCGUCGGGCUUGGGAACGUCUGGAGGUUUCCAUAUUAUUGCCAUCAGAAUGGAGGCGGAUCGUUUUUGUUGCUCUACGUGGUGAUGAUGCUGGUUGUAGGCACACCAUUGUUCUUCCUUGAGCUGGCAGCCGGUCAGGCGAUCCGACAGGGAAGCAUCGGAGUGUGGAAGUACAUCUCGCCCAGGCUAGUUGGGAUCGGAUACUCCAGCUGUGUGGUGUGCUUCUUUGUGGCUCUCUAUUACAACGUAAUCCUCGCAUGGAGCCUCUUUUAUCUUGGUAACUCCUUCCAGAGCCCUUUACCUUGGACAAAGUGUCCAGAGCAGGGGCAUAAUCUAACAGUUACGGAAUGUGAAGCAAGCUCGCCUACCUCGUAUUUUUGGUACCGUAAAGCUUUGGAUAUCACCGACUCCAUCAGCGAGACAGGCACUUUCAACCCGUACAUUAUUGGCUGUCUGCUGGCGGCAUGGACCCUUGUGUGCCUGGGAAUGAUCAAGGGAAUCAAGAGCUCUGUCAAGGUGAUGUAUUUCUCCUCCAUCUUCCCCUACGUGGUGCUGUUCUGCUUCCUUGUGCGGGGUUUUCUACUUGAUGGUGCCCUGGAAGGCAUCACCCACAUGUUCUACCCCAAGCUGGAGAUCUGGGCAGACAUUCAGGUGUGGCGGCAGGCGGCCACGCAGGUUUUCUUCGCUCUGGGUUUGGGCUUCGGAUCCAUUAUUGCCUACUCCUCCUACAAUCCCAAGAACAACAACUGCCACCGUGAUGCCUUCACUGUCUCCUUAAUAAACUUCCUCACAUCCGUGCUGGCUACGCUGGUGGUGUUUGCUGUGCUUGGCUUUCGCGCAGCUUCAGAAUGUAUUGAGAGUAACAUGAAGCUGCUGUCAGAGCAGAUCCGGAGCGGUUCUGUGGACCCAAACAUGAUGCCAAGCUUUGACUACUCUGAACCUCGUUCUGUUACCCUGGAGAGUUACAGGAGCUGGUUCAAACAACAUGGAGAACAUAUCGCUGGAAAUUUGACUGGCUGCAGCCUGGAAAAGGAAAUGCAGAAGGGCGUGGAAGGAACCGGCCUCGCUUUUAUCGCUUUCACAGAGGCCAUUUCUUUGUUGCCUGGCAGCCCGUUCUGGUCAGCCCUGUUCUUCCUCAUGCUGCUCAACUUGGGCCUCAGCACCAUGUUCGGCACCAUGGAAGGCAUCCUCGCCCCACUCACCGACCGCUUCAAGACUCUGGCAAACAACAAGACCAAAUUCACAAUUUUUAGCUGCGUCAUCGGCUUUCUAAUUGGCCUGCUCUUCACUCAACGCUGUGGAAACUACUUUGUCAUGAUGUUUGAUGACUACUCUGCCACCUUGCCUCUCAUCAUCGUGGUGGUAUUUGAGACCUUCAGCGUGUCUUGGCUAUAUGGAGCUGACCGAUUCCUGGAUGACAUCGAGGGGAUGCUAGGCUGGCGCCCUAAUGUGAUCUACAAGUACUUGUGGAAGUACAUCUGUCUGCUGGCCAUGUUGGCACUGCUGGUGGCCACCAGCGUGCGCAUGUGCAUCGAAAGACCAACUUAUUUGGCGUGGACGCAAGAGACGGCUUCUGAGAUGAAGGUACCAUACCCAGACUGGGCUCUAGCUGUCCUAGCUUUGCUCAUCAUAUUCGCCAUGUUGCCUGUCCCCGUGGGCUUGAUCUACACUCUUCUGCAAGACAGAAUGAGGGGACACUUGGAUGAUACAAAGCCUGGUCAGUACAGUAUUGUUAACACUGAGGACAGGUUUGAAACCCCAAUGACGGAAUUGUCAGGCGUGAGCCAACGCAACGGAGAUGCAAGUUCUUACUAACUUCUGGGUGCUCUCCAUUUCUAUUACACGCCACACAUGUCUGUAAGUCUUGUUGACUGUGGACUGUUUGAUGGGACUGUUAUUUAUUCAUGCCAGUGAUCAACUUCUUCAUUUGUUUUUGGUUGAGGAAAACCUGAUUUCAAAAGCCUUCUAGUUCGUAAGCGUCAGCAAAUAUUCAAAAUGCGAUCUAUUUGUAUUUUGUCAUAUCUUGACUAGACGUCCAUACAGUAAGGGACAUGACUACCUUCAUUGUAUAAAAGUCUCGAUGGACGGCUUCUGUGUCCUAGUCCUCGUUGUCAUUAGUUGACAACAAGCAUUUUCAAAGUGUGGAAGAGAACAUACAGUAACUUGUUUGGGAACUCCCCCACUACCUGAACAUUUUUUUUUCUAGACACCCCAGACUUUGUUCACUCUUUCAUCGUUAGAACUGAAAUCAUACAGUGAUACCUUGCUUUUCGGUAAUAUUCCAUUUCAAAAGGUCAAACAAAAACCGAAUCGUACGAAAACCGAAGCAGUUGAUCACACAAGAAAUAAUAUAAAUUCAAUUCAUCCCUUCCAGACACCCAAAAAUAUAAAACAUUUUUAAUUGAGAGUUUUUGCAGUUUUACAUGCAGACAACCAUAUGAAAUACACAUACAGUAAAUGAUCAACAUUUAACAUUAUUAUUAUUACAUUUACUGAAGACUUGUUGGCAAAGACAGCGAUGAGCUGACAGAGGAGAGGGGAGAAGACCCACUUUUCGACUUGAGUUCUUUCUUGAAUUCAAUAGUUUCUCACCUUCUUUAUUUAAAUGAUGGUACUCACAACUUUCUUUGACCCCACAAUAGCUUAUUUUGCAGCCAUCCUGAUUUGAGAUAAAAAAAGCCCAGACUGAGUCACAAACUUGUUGGGUUUCUUUGUUUGGGCACUCUAUUUUGUAGAAUAAUACGCAAAUUAGGUUAGAAAUAAAAAUGUAAUUAUUUAAAUUUUUGUUAUGUGCAAUGUGUGUCUGUAUAAUAACCGUGACGGUAUGCAAAAGCUAGGGUCCAAAUGUUGUCAAAAACCGAAUCAUAAGAAAAGUGGCUGUAUGAAAACUGAGACACCCCUGUACUUUUGCAUUUUAAACAUACCAGCAGUUAACACUAGCAGGUUUUAUUUUUUCCCCUCCUUAUUCUUCUCAAGCUGCUGGUCCUUUUCUAGUGCCAAAACCAAGGGAGGCUCGCCUCAUGUAAAAAAAUGCUGCACAACAGCACUAAUUCCAGCUAUAGGCAUGACAGGUUGAAAACAGGCUCAUUCGCUACUUCUUCAUUCCUCCAGUUUUAGAUAUUUAAUGUGUAAUUGAAAUAUUUGAUUGUUGUGUUCAAAACAUGUUUGUCAUGGUCUUGUACCAGCUGUGUAGACAAGACACAAAAAUGUAUGUUGAGCUGACAUUAUUUUUAGAAAUAGACAUGCAGCAGUUUUUAAAGGUUCAGCUGAAGACCUGUUAGAUUUUAUGCAUUGUUGAAUUAUAAGGUUUGUGAAGGUUUUUUCACUAAUACACAAUUAUUAAUUUAUCGCCCACCGCUUACCCUCUUCAGGGUCACUGGUCCUGUCUGUUUUUUUUACACAAAUUCUGUUCUUUGAAAUUCAGGGGUUUACUGUGUGAACGAUUCACGUUUGAAUGCUGCCAAAAGCAAGUGCCUUUUUUAAUGAGGCAGAUUAAGGCAUGUACAGUUAAAAAACCUUUACGUUUGUAUACAGUCUGUAUAAAUAUUUUGUCAAGAAAAAUGUAAUUUAAUUCCUCUGUAAAAUGUUUUUACUAUCAAAUGUUUUUUAUUAAAACAUUUUUUACAGCAAAAAUAUUUACAUUUUUGUUUUCUUUUUUACAUUUUUUCUUGUGUUUCUAUUUGCAAAUGUCCACACCCUUUUAGUGAUUUUGUUUUGUUUGUUAGUGUGCUUGUCACUCUUUAAAGUCGUCCUUCAGCUUUGUUUGCCCUUGUUUGUAUUUCCACUUUUUAAAAAUAAGCGUCAGUGUUUUAACAGUGUGCGUCCCUGUAAAGCUGUGAAAGAAAAAGCAGGCACUCGACAUGAAUGCGAUUGUACUUGUUUUUGAUAUUGGCAUAAAACAAAAACAAUACAUUUAAUGUAAUGAGCAAAGUGUUUGUAUUUCCACUUUUUUAAAAUAAGCGUCAGUGUUUUAACAGUGUGCGUCCCUGUAAAGCCGUGAAAGAAAAAGCAGGCACUCGACAUGAAUGCGAUUGUACUUGUUUUUGAUAUUGGCAUAAAACAAAAACAAUACAUUUAAUGUAAUGAGCAAAGCAAUGUGUUAUCCAACUGCUAAACUUG